CGUUAGCAGUUGGUCCAAAACGGUCCAACUCCAGCCCAAACUUGAUACAAAUAGAAAAGCCGCGUGCCCCGCCCCUUCCGUUUACGUGCUGGUGGCCGGGCUUCCCCACCCUUCUCUUCCGCCCCUCCACCAUCCUCUCACCCCCUUUUCCAAACCCUAAUUCCCCUCUCCUCCCCUUCUCUCCAUUCCAAUCCAAACCUUGGGCCAUCGCCAAUCCUAUCCACCUCUUGGAAGAGAAGCCCGAGGAGCACAAGAUGGGGAAGAACAAGCAGCACGACAUCGAGGCCGGGGUGGGCGGUGGCGCUCUAUACCCCAACAUGAUCGAGAACCCACAGAUUCGGUGGGCCUUCGUUCGAAAGGUCUACACCAUCGUCGUCAUCCAGAUUCUGCUCACCAUCGCCGUCGCCUGCGUCGUCAUCUUCGUCCCACCCAUCUCCCGCUUCCUCCUCGCUCGCACCCCUGCCUCAUUGGCCGUCCUUAUUCUAAUAAGCAUCGCGCCAUUACUCGUUAUGCUGCCAAUGAUAUACUUUCGCGAGCGCCAUCCGAUAAACUUGGUUCUCCUCAUUCUGUUCACGAUCUGCAUCAGCCUUACGGUCGGGUUAGCAUGUGCAACAAGGAGCGGGAAAGUUAUACUGGAAGCUGCAUCUCUGACGGCUGUUGUUGUUGUUGGGCUCACCAUGUACACAUUCUGGGCUGCGAAAAGAGGCCAUGAUUUCAACUUCCUUGGGCCAUUCUUGUUUGCAGCCCUUCUGGUGUUGAUGAUAUACUGCUUUGUCCAGAUUUUCAUCCCAUUUGGAAAGGUCGGAACGACGAUCUAUGGGUGCUUGGCGGCGCUUAUUUUUUCGGGUUUCAUCAUCUACGACACCGACAAUCUGAUCAAGCGCCAUAGCUAUGAUGAAUAUGUCUGUGCUGCCAUUUCUUUGUAUCUCGACAUUGUCAAUCUUUUCAUGGCUUUGCUAACACUCUUCAGUGGUAGUGAUUCAUAAUACUCAACCUUAUUAAUGCAUAGAUUGCAAGUUGGUCAUGGGUAACAACAGGUUUUGCCUGUAUGCUUUGACAUAACUGUAACCAUAUAUCAGCAAUUACUUCCAGACUUUCAAAUUGUAAUGUGCUUCUGAGAGUGGCCUUGUAGUGUUGAAUGGUCUUUCAAUUGAAAUACUGUCGGUAUGGAGGGGAUUAUAACUUUACAUAUGAAGUAUUCAUUUGUGUGAAAUUAUUUAUCAAUGAGCAGUCAUGUAUAAAGAGCCAAAAUGGACAGAUUUUCUUUUUGGCA